AUGUCCAAGUGUUUGCAAAAAAUAUUAAUUUCAAAACAAGUAUCAUUAAUUUCAAAUUUAGGGAAUACGUACAAAAAUUCUCAUUUACUCAAUCAAAAACAUAAUGGUUUUAGUUGUAAAAUUUUAAAAAAAGAAUUGCCAGUCGGUCAAUUAUGUUGUCAGUUUCAACAAAGUAGAAAUUUUUCAUCUGAAUACUUUCAAGAAUUAAAUACUAACAUUCAUAAUUUUGUUACAACAAAUGCACCCACCGUGGCUAUCAAAAACUUUUUAAUUGAAUUACAUGACAUGAGCGGGUUACCCUGGUGGAGUGAAAUUCUUUUAGUAACUGCCGGUAUGAAAUUGGUUAUAGGAUUACCCAUAGGGGUUUUUCAACAACAUAUAAUAGCAAAAAUAAAUCUUACCAAAAUGCAACAUAGUAUAAUAUGUAAAAAAUUAGAAUCUGAACUAUCACUUAUGGCAAGAAGAGGAAAGUGGAGCGAUAUGAAAAAACAAAGAGCUUUCAUUACUCAACAAAAAAUGAUUUGGUCAGAUUUAGUUGUAAAAAACAAUUGCCAUCCAUUUAAAUUGGUUAUUUUAACAUGGGCUCAUCUUCCUCCUUGGAUCCUACUUUCAUUUUCUAUCAGAAGUUUAUGUGAAAAAGAUUUAGUUUCUCCUAUGACAUAUUUACAGUUACAAACGGAAGGAUUGUUUUGGAACAGUAAUCUUAUUCAACCUGAUCCAUAUUUUAUUUUACCAGUAACAUUAUUUCUUUCAACAUAUUUAUUUCAAGAUUUGAUACAAUUAUCAAUUGGUAGAAAACCUACAAGUUUUUUUUUAAAGGUGUUUUCUACUAUAUUUAGAUUUUCUGCAGUACUCUUUUUGAUUGUCGGUGCAAUCGUACCCAGUGGCUUAUCUUUAUAUUGGAGUGUAUCAAUACUUUGCAGCAUCGCUCAACAUCUACUACUUUUAUCUCCUAAAGUUAGACGACUGUUGAGAAUUCCUAUCACUCCUUUAGAAAAACAAAAUCCUUACAAACAUUUAGCAGAUAGUUUUGUUGAAAAAUAUUCAAAAAUAAAUUCUGGCUCUUAUCGGAAUGAGGAUAAUUGA